GUCUCUUAUACUAAGCAAUUGUCAUUUCAAUAAACAUGCCUAUAAAUUCCCUCCGAGCGCUGCGCACCCCACGCAUCUCGGCUCGGCAAAUCCGCCAUUUCCACGCGACAAGACCAGCUCUACUCGUCAAUGAAGUACUAGACGCCUCUGCCGGCUUCAUUCAUGGUGUCCAUACAGUCUCCUGCCUUCCAUGGGUCGCAUCUAUCCCAUUGACGGCCCUAAUUGUCCGGAUGUCAGUCGGACUGCCGCUGCAGAUGUACAGCAAGAUUCAAGCACGCAAGGAGCAAGAUAUUGCUCCGAUCAUGACUUCUUGGAGACACAAUUACCAAACACAGAUCAGAAAGCAUGUCAAUCGCUCCAGUGAAGACCCGAUGAUGGCAGGUCAAGCGAACACGCAGUUACUAAAGAUGAUCAAAACCAAGAAGCGCGCUUUGGAUAAAGUCUGGGACAUCCAUCGGUUCUGGAAACCCGUGCCUUUCUUGCAACUUCCCGUCUGGCUCUCGAUUAUGGAAAGCUUGAGAGCGAUGUCCGGGAACAGUAGCGGGUUGGUACCGUGGAUCUUGUCGCUGACGCGGGGCUCGUCAGAUAUAUCCUUGGCCGCUGAGCCGUCGUUGGCUACCGAGGGAGGCUUGUGGUUUCCAGAUCUUCUUUCUGGGGAUCCAACGGGCAUUCUUCCUAUCUUUUUGGCGGGAUCUAUUAUUACGAAUAUCCGCACUGGAUGGAAGGCUCCUUCUUUCAAAGAGAUUGCCAGCUUGCCGCGGCCAGAAAGGGUUAGACUUGUCUCUUCGCGGCUGCUGAAGCUGUUCCUCCAGACUCUCGCCUUGUAUGUUGGUGUUGCGUCUUACGUGUACCAAAUGCCUUGUGCCCUUAUUAUCUACUGGAUCACAAGUACAAAUCUCGCUACCACGCAAUCGAUCUUUUUGGACAAAUUCAUGUUCAAGCGGCCGGGUCUCAAGCAAUGGAGAAAAUUUGUUAUUGGACAUCCUCCACUGAAAAAGGCUUAAGUGCAUCAAUUUCUUAACGAACUACACACCGGAGGCGUUUUACCAAGACCAAAAACGAAUUUAAUUGGGCCCCGAAAUGCAUUUUCGGAUCGUCACCUUGACACAUGCUUCAGUGAUGUACUGCUUGUUGUUUAUAGGCAGCGGGCUCGUGGGCGGUGGUUUUAUGAGUGAUGGUCAUCAUGGACCGCUGUUAUGCGACGGGCACAAUCGUCGAUGAAAUGACCUACGGCCCCGAGGUAAACAAGAGAUGGAACAUAAUCCACCAUGACCCAGUUUGUGAAUAACACGAUAUUGGUGUUUUCCUUGGUAUAGAUCCCCUAGAUGAAAUGAAUGGUAUCCCCAGGCCUAUAGCGGUGUACAAACUCCAG